AUGGCCGCAAGCUUGCUUCAAUUUGAUCCUCCAAGCUCUGGAAGCUCUGACUGUGAUGCAUGUGAACGAGACGUGGAAGACCAGGUGUUUGUCCAGGGAUGUCUGGAAGAUGAGGAGGAGCGCAGUGGUGACUUCUAUAUUGCGUCUACCUCUCCCCCUCCCCCACCACAGUCCCCACGCCCACCCUCCGCUGGGUCGUGCAAGUCUCCUCGGUCCCGUAGACAACGCACCACAUCCAUGUCUCAGAGCAAGAAGACGUCAUCGGAGUCGGUCAUCAGGGGCCUGACUCGGACCAUCUACACGGCCGGGCGACCCCCUUGGUACAACAGCGCUGGACAACAAGUGGAACCAUUUGUUAUAGGUAUUUGUGGCGGAAGUGCGUCUGGGAAGACUACAGUAGCCACUGAGAUCAUAGAGAGCCUCAACGUACCCUGGGUCACUCUCCUCAGCAUGGACUCAUUCUACAAGGUGCUGAACGAAGAGCAGCAUAAGUUGGCAGCCAAGAACGAAUACAACUUUGACCACCCAGAUUCAUUUGACUUUGAACUACUGAUACCCACACUGCAGAGGCUAAAGAAAGGCAAGAAAGUGGAUGUUCCCAUCUACAACUUUGUUACCCACCGUAGAGAGUCCAGGACGAAAACCAUGUAUGGUGCCAAUGUCAUAAUCUUUGAAGGAAUUUUGGCAUUCUACAACAGUGAAGUAUUGAAGUUGCUGGAUAUGAAGAUAUUUGUAGACACAGACGCAGACAUCAGACUAGCGAGGAGACUCAAGCGAGAUAUCUGUGAGCGAGGCAGAGAUCUGGACGGAGUUCUCAAACAGUACUCCAAUAUGGUCAAGCCUGCCUUCUACCACUACAUCGCUCCAUCCAUGGUACAUGCAGACAUCAUUGUACCUCGAGGUGGAGACAAUGCAGUGGCUAUUGAACUCAUCGUACAUCACGUCCACACUCAGCUGACUCUGAGAGGCUUCAAGCUGAGAGAAGAGUUAGCCCAAUGCAACACCGGCCAACCUCUGCCCAGCUCCAUGUACUUACUGCCUGACACUCCCCAGAUCAAGGGACUACACACGUUUAUCCGCAACAAGGAGACUCCGCGUGACGAGUUCAUCUUCUACAGCAAACGGCUGAUCAGGCUUGUCAUAGAGUAUGCACUCUCACUGCUCCCGUUCAAGGAGAUGAUGGUGGAGACGCCCCAGGGAGUAUUGUACCAAGGGAAGCGCUGUGCCAGUGACAGGAUCUGUGGAGUCAGUAUCCUGAGGGCUGGGGAAACCAUGGAGCAGGCUGUCAGGGACGUCUGCAAGGAUAUCAGAAUAGGAAAGAUACUGAUACAGACGAACCAACAGACUGGAGAGCCUGAGCUUUACUAUCUGCGCCUCCCUAAGGACAUCAAGGACUACUUUGUGAUCCUGAUGGAUGCGACGGUGGCGACAGGCGCGGCAGCCAUGAUGGCAAUCCGUGUCCUUCUUGACCACGAGGUGCCUGAAGAGAACAUUCUCAUUGUCUCCUUGCUAAUGGCUGAGUCAGGUGUACACACGAUUGCUUAUGCUUUCCCACAAGUGAAAAUCGUAACAUCAGCUGUGGACCCGGACAUUAACGAGAAGUUCUAUGUUAUCCCAGGCAUCGGAAACUUCGGAGAUCGCUAUUUUGGUACUGAGCCUUCCGGGCAGAAACCUCUCCAGCCCUCAGGCUAUGUUCGUCGCCGAAGAAGAUUUUUUUUCACUUUGUGUUCUCCAAAAGUUCAUUGAAUAUGUUUUCUUUAAGAUUUUAUACAUAUUUUGCCUGUUU